AUUGUACUGUAUGACCAACCAAAGAACGUUUCUAGCUUACUGUAGUAACAAGAUACGGAUCGUGAAAUGCAUGUGUAAAACGUGUGAGUGGUAAUUAAACGAUGUGUAAAUAUCUCGAAAUUGCGAGACAUUUUAAAAGUGUAAAUAUUACAAACAGUUACGGAUUUGUUCGUUAAAUUUGAAUAAUUUAAAACUCAAAUAAAAGGAGGGAUCACUGUUACACAUAACCUCCUGAAAUGUCCGAUGACGAGGAUUUGGUUUACGUGAAGAAACAGAAAACUGUCCACUAUGGCUCUCUGGAGGAGGCAGAACGUGCACGACUUGCAGCUGCGGUCGAAACUACAGACGAAGAGAAAGAUGUUACAAAUGCAAACGAUGUUGCCAAUGCUUCUGCUUCGGGAGGAAAUGUACAUAUCUCGAAUGAGUACAUGGAGCUUGAAGAUGAAAUGUCCAAAGAUCGACAGGCGCUUUUGGAGGAAUUUGAGCGUAGGAAAAAGGCCAGACAAAUUAAUGUUUCUACAGACGAUUCUGAAGUAAAGAAACAUCUGAGACAAUUAGGCGAGCCAAUAUGUCUAUUCGGGGAAGGUCCAGCGGAUAGAAGAACAAGAUUAAGAGAAUUAUUAGCCAGUGUAGGAGAGGACGCUAUUAAAAAGAAACAUGAAGAGGAGGAUAAACCGAUUCACACCAUUGAAAAGGAUACGGAGUCAACUUGGUAUCACGAGGGGCCAGAGUCUUUGCAAAUUGCACGAUCGUGGAUAGCAAUGUAUUCAUUGCCCAGAGCAAAGGCACGAUUGGAUAAGGCAAGGCAAGAUUUACUAUUACCUGCUGCAACUCGUACGGCAAAGAGGCAAGAACUUCUGAAGAAGUUACAAGCAUUGAGCAUUUAUUGUUCUCAAAUUGGUGACACGAGACCCAUUUCCUUCUGCCAGUUUAGUCCUAAUUCAAAAAUUCUUGCUACAGCUUCAUGGUCAGGCUUGUGCAAGUUAUGGUCUGUACCUGACUGUACUUUGUUACGCACUUUACAAGGACACAAUUAUAGUGUUGGCUGUAUUGUUUUUCAUCCAAAAGCUACAAUAACUGAAGAUGUGAUAGGUGAUAAUGCAGGACAGACUUGCGUGCUGGCAUCUUGUGCGACAGAUGGUACCGUGAAACUGUGGAGUGGUGGCAAUGGUGAAGAACCAUUAGCAGAAGUGGAAGGACAUGAACCUCACAGAGUUAACAGGAUAGCGUUUCAUCCAUCUGGACGAUUUCUCGGCACGUGUUGUCACGACGCGUCCUGGCGAUUGUGGGAUUUGGAGCAACAAGCGGAAGUACUUCAUCAAGAAGGUCAUGCUAGAGCAGUAUACUGUAUUAGCUUUCAAUGCGACGGAAGCGUUUGCACUACAGGCGGUCAGGACUCUUUCGGCAGAGUGUGGGACUUGCGUACUGGCAGAUGCAUAAUGUUUAUGGAGGGUCAUCUAACGUCCAUUUUAGGCAUCGAUUUCUCGCCAAACGGUUUUCAUAUAGCGACGGCGAGCGAAGACAACACCUGCAAAAUAUGGGACUUGCGAAAGCGAACUUGCAUAUACACAAUACCAUCACACACUAAUUUGCUGUCCGACGUGAAGUACCAAAGAACAGAAGGGCAGUACUUGGUAACUGCAUCUUACGACAACACGGCCAAAAUUUGGUCCAACAAGACAUGGCAACCUCUCAAAGAGCUACCAGGUCACGAUGGAAAAGUCAUGUCCGUUGAUGUGUCACCCGAUCAUAAAUUUAUUGCAACCAGUUCGUACGACAGAACGUUUAAAUUAUGGGCUCCAGAAUAAAACGGUUGAUAGAACUUUUUUUUUUAACUCCUAUGCUAGAAAUAUAAAUAUUUAUUUUCUUAGCACUUUUUUUAUAUAUUACGUAAAUAUGCAAAAAAUAUUCAUAAGAAACAUUCUAGCAAAUUCGAUUUGUUCAUCACGUGUAUUGUAAUUUUACGAAAUUGCCAUGUCAUUUCAUAUUACGAUCAUGUACUUUGGUAAAUAAUUUUAUAAAAAUUAAUAUCUCUGAAAAUAUAAUGUUUUUUAUAUUAAAAA